AUGCUAAGAUUGGAAGAUGUAUUAAAUACUUGGAAGUAUUUGAGUUUUAACUGGGUCAAUUGUUUCUUAGUACAUUAUAAGUGCGAAUUCUCUGAUACAGAUACUUGUGAUCUUCCAACCUUACUUAAAUAUGAUGAACCCUUAGGAUGGAUCAAGAAAAUGAGCUUAGGCUUUAGACAAUAUGAGGAAGAUAUGCAUGAGGGUAAGUAUAGCCCUUUUAAUUUUGAGAAAGCUAUACUUAAGGUAUUUGGAUGGGAUAUAACUUUAUGCAUAUUACUAAAAUUAGCCUCUAUUAUUUCAUCUCUUUAUUCUUCAGUAUAUUUGAGUAAACUUCUCAAGUCAGGCUACUCUCAAGAUGCAGUAAAUUAUGGAAUAAUCUUGACUGUGGUUUUGGUUGUAAAGAUCUUUCUUGAUGUUCAUUCAAAGUUUUUGAUAGGUAGGCUAAGUUUAAGAAUUGGUGCUACUGUAAUGGGUAUAUCGUUUGAAAGAAUAUUAUAUGGUUCUGAAAAUUCAACUAAAUCCGCUGAUUCAAAACCACAAAUUUUUAAUUUAAUAUUAGGAGAUAUUGAUACAAUUGAACCUUUUAUUACAUCAAUAACUGAUAUUAUUUUAGCUCCAAUCCGUAUACUUGGUUCAUGGUAUAUUUUAAGAUCUCAAGUUGGCUUUGCUGCUACUCCAUCUGUGGUUACUUUUAUAUUUAUGAUGGUCUUAAGUUUUAUGUUUCAGGUUCUUGGCACUUUGCAAAAGCGACCUUUUAUGUAUAGUCGUGAUCUGAGGAUAAAAAAGUGUCAUGAAUACUUUUCUAAUAUAAUGACAAUGCGUAUGCUAUUUUGGGAGGAUAUAAUUUAUAAAAAAAUAAUGAGUUUAAGGAAGAAUGAAGUGAAAGCUAAUAUGAGACGUCUUGUUCUUUUAUCAACUGGUAUUUUUUUGGAUUAUAACACUCAUAGUCUUGCUCAGUAUGUUUUAUUUUGUUGUUAUUUUUAUAUGUAUAUGGUGAAGAGUAGUUAUGAGAUGGAUUUUUCUAUGACAGUAGCUCUUACUACACUCUAUGUAUUAUAUUCAUUAACAAACCCUGCAAGAAAUUUAAUUUCAAAUUUUUUAGAUGGUAUGGUGUCAUAUAAUAGGUAUAAAGCUUUUAUUUGUAGCUAUUCUCUAGAUAUUAAUAAGAAUACCGAAUUAUCUACAUAUCGAAACACAAACAAGAAAUUAGCAGGGUAUUAUUUUAAAUAUAUAUCUGAAGAAGAUCCUAUAAUAAGGAUUUCAAGAUCUGAUCUAAUAUUUGAUCAAUCUAGUCUGAUGAAUUGUGAAGGAUACCAAAGUAUUCCUCAACAAGAAAAUCAAUUUGUUCUGAGAAUUAGAGAUUUAGAAAUUAAGUCUGGAGAAUGUUUAAUAGUAACUGGUAAAUCUGGAUCUGGUAAGUCAUCUUUCUUAAGAAGUAUACUUGGAAAGAUGUCCCUUAUUAGUGGGAGUGAUUUUGAAUAUUCUUCUCUUUUAAGAGAUAGUCCAGUUGCAUACUGCUCACAAUAUAUUUGGUUACCAAGAGGAACUGUACGAUCAGCUAUUUUAUUUGGUAGACUUUUUGAUGAAGCUAAGUAUAAAGCUGUAAUUGAAUGUUGUCAACUAGUAGAUGAUUUUAAUAAUUGGGAAAAAGGGGACUUGAGGAUUAUAGAUGAGUCUGGUUAUACUUUAAGUGGGGGACAAAGAUCCAGAAUUUGUCUUGCUAGAGCUUUGUAUUCAUUAUCUACAUCUGAAUACCAAUCUAAUACUAAAUCAAAAGUAAAACUAUUUAUAUUGGAUGAUGUAUUUGUAAAUAUAGAUCCUCAAACAAGUCAUGCAAUAUUUAAGAAUAUGUUUGAUACUAGUGGUCUGCUAUGUAAUGUUUGUUGUAUAAUUUCAUGUGAUUUUAAUACAUUAGAAUCUAUAUAUCCACUAAGAAAUCGACAUUUUAUUCCUGGCCUUUCACUAAAGAUUGCAACUGUAAAUGAUGGUCUUAUAGUAUCAUCAAGUAAUCUAUAUUCCUAUACUUUUCCUAAUAAAGAAGUUAAUGAGUCAAGUAUAUCUACAAGUAAAUAUUUAGAUAAACAGUUUACUGGUAUAUCUUAUGUUUCACAGGAGACUUCUAAUACUAAUAAAAUAAUUAACAAUAAGAUAAUUAAACGAGAUACAAUGAACGAACACAGUAUUGUAGGUAGAAUAUCAAGACAUACAUAUUCGUAUUAUAUUAAGUUAAUUGGUGUAAGAUCCUUUAUAUUAUUUGUUUUUGCCUGUAUAUUGAAGUCUAUUAUUGACAAAUUUAAUGAUCUAUAUAUAGGCUGUUUUUCAUCAAUAAAUAAUUUGUCCUCUGAAUCACAAAGUAAACUUUGGAUAUUGAGAAAUUUUACUUUUGAAAAUUAUAUUUGUCUAUAUUCAGUCAUCUUAUUUUUAAAACUUUCAAUUGGAUUUUCUAUAUUUAUAUCUGAAGCCUUCUUGGGAAUUCGUGCUUCUGAAUCUACUCAUGAUAAACUUCUCUAUAAGCUUAUAAAUGUACCUUUUUCAUUUUACAAUUCUAAUCCUUUAGGGAAGAUUAUUAAUCGUUUUAAUGUUGAUAUUCUUAACCUUGAUAAUGGAAUAAUCCAUAAGAUAGCAGGAGUUAUAUUAAACUUCUUAAAUCCUAUAAUUCAAAUGGCAAUUCUAACAUUCUUAAAUCCUCGAUUGUCACCUCUUAUAAUUGCUUAUUUCUGCUUCAUAGCUCAUAAGUAUGGAAAACCUUUAUUUGAUACUUUUAGAACUAGCCAAAGAAUUAUGUUAGUAACAUCUUCUUUUAUUUGUGGAUUAUUUUCUGAGAUCCAGUCUGGUAAAACUAUAAUAAGCUGUUUCUGUGCUCAAUCAUACUAUACUGAUAAAUUCUUGAGAAAAUUAGAAAUUUAUUUAAAGACUCAAUAUCUCAAGUUAUCUAUAUAUCAACGUACAUCUUUCAGACUUCAAAUAUAUACUGCACCAUUAGCUGUUAUUAUAUCUUCUAUUUCAGUAGUUUAUACACUUUGUAGUGAGGAUUUAACUGAAAUGGUUGAUAUAAGUAGUGAUAUGAAGAGAGGUUAUCCCCUUCUUUAUUUUCUUUUGAUAGCUGAAAUAUUAAAUCGUGCUAUUGGUCAAGCUUCAAUUUUAGAGAAAGAUAUGUGCUCAGUAGAGAGAAUUCAAGAAUAUAAUGAAAUGAUAUUAGAACAUAAUAACUUCAGACCCUCAAACUCUUUUUAUCAAAUGCCGAAAGUUAGGACUGGAGUAGUAGUUGAGAAUUUGCAAGUUGAUUACUGCCCAUUUGGAAAUACAAGUGAUUCCUUCUUGCAAACUUUUACUGUUUUUAGAAAUCUUAACUUAAAAGCUAAACCUUUUGAACAUGUUGGUAUUAUUGGACGUACUGGAUGUGGUAAAUCAACUUUCCUUUCCACUUUAAUUGGUAUUUUACCAAUUUCAAAAGGUCGUAUUUUAUUAGAUGGUUGUGAUAUAUUGACUAUUCCAAAUCAUAUUAAACGAGAAGUUAUUGGUGUAUUACCACAAUCUCCACUUAAGUUAAAUGGUUGGACAGUUAGGCAAUUUUUAGAUCCUCUGAAUUGGUAUAAUGACCAAAGUAUCUGGCAAGCUCUCCAUAUAUGUGGUUUAUCAGAAGUUAUCCAAAACUUUCCAGGGGGUAAAAGUAUAGAUUCAAUCAUUAUAUGUGAUGAGGGGCAUAAAUGCUACUUAUCAGAUACACAGAUACGUUACCUUUCAAUUGUUAGAUUGAUCUUACAAAGACAUAAGUACAGACUGCUUAUUAUUGAUGAACCUCCCUCAAUUGGUGAUAAUAAAACAGAAUAUGGAUAUCCUGAUCAUAAAUCAAAGUCUCUCAUUCCUAUUUACGAUCUAAUCAAUCUAUAUUUUAGGCACUGCAACGUAUUUAUAAUAGCACAUCGCCUAUUAUAUCUACAAAGGUGUGAUCGUAUUGUUGGACUUUCCGAUAUAUGCCUCGAAUAA